AUGACGGAACCGCUGAGAACAUACCUUUACCAUACGGCUAUGCUGGUGUUCUCUAGUACGGGGGCCUUGAUAAACUUCGCCACCGUGUGUGCUAUCUUGUUAAGCAAAGCCUUAAGGAAAGAGCAGAAUAUCUUCACGUUUAACCUCGCUCUUGCCGAUUGCAUCUCAGCUAUCGCUCUCUUCAUCAACAACUUUUAUGGCUUUCCAGAGAUACCAUUUCAACUAGAAAACGGAUCAUGGAUUCAACCCCUAUUUACGGCCGGACUAUUCCUAUCAAUACUUAGCACACUCGCCAUUGCAUUCGAACGCUUUAUCAUCCUUCGCUACGACGCCCUCGGACAUCGUCACAUCGUAACGGCGAAACGCUCUAUAGCUAUCUGCGUGAUCGGAUGGAUAGUCGUGCCAUCGACGUAUUUUAUCAUUCAUGGAUUCAACCGUCAUGCGUCAAACAUCCUUGUCAACGUCGUAUCUCCGUGUGCCAUACUGGCAUGUCUAACCAUCACUGCGCUCUGUUACAUCCUCAUCUACAAGAAAAUCGCUUCGAUCUCGGACAUCGUCCUUAAUGACGCAGCGCUCCAGCGUCGUGCGAAAAACAGCAAGAAGAUCCUUGUGACUUUUGCCCUGGUCGUCGCAAGCACCACGGCGUGUUGGGUCAUCAUGUGCUGCGUGCUUCUGGUCGAGAUAUACGGGGCAUUGGAGGAAACACUUUGGUUCAUUGUCCUAGCCGAUGUUGGUAAUGUGUUGGUGAGCAUCAACGGCAUCUUGAAUCCCGUCAUAAUCUGGCUGCGUCUGACAGUAUUCAGAAAUAAGCUUGACGCUUGCUUUGGCAGCCGGAUAUGUCGAAGAGCAUUUGAAUCCCAGAACCCGUCCCUGGCUCAAUCGCAUUCGACGACGACUACCAUUAAGCAGUCAGUCUCGACCAUCAACAUCGAUUUGAAGGACAUAACCGAGAAUUGA